UUCCAUCCGUCGCUCUCUCCAGUCAUUCACGCUCUUUCUUUUCUUCCUCCUAAAUCUUCUCUCCCACUCGACAAUGGCGGCUGCUUCUGCUUCAUCAUUCAUCCCCCUCAAGCCUCGCCCAACUCCACGGGUAAAAUUGGGAGCUCCUCAGUCAUUCAGCUUCCGCCGCCCUGCUCUGGCGCCUGCUCGCCUCCGGAUCUCCUGCGUCGCGAAGCCAGAGACGGUGGAGAAGGUUGCCAAGGUCGUGAAGAAACAGCUUGCACUGCCUGCGGAGACUCUGGUGACCGGCGACUCCAAGUUCGCUGCACUCGGUGCCGAUUCUCUCGACACAGUUGAAAUUGUAAUGGGCCUAGAAGAGGAAUUCGAUAUCAGCGUCGAGGAGGACAGCGCGCAGUCGAUAGCGACAGUUCAGGAUGCAGCCGAUCUCAUCGAGGAACUGGUUCGGAAGAAGUGCGCUUGAAAAAGCUUAAGAAAGAAGAAAUGAAUGAAUGAUCCUCCUAUUUCUCUCUAGUGCAGUUUCAUGCUUGUUAUCUCUGUAAGAUGGAAGAAAUGUGCUCUUUGGCU